CAGCUGUAGGUUGGUGUGUAAUUUGACAGGCAGCAUGGUUAGAAGAAAUAAGCGAAAGUUUAAAGCUCCAAAUCAACAAGGUGAGCAUAUUGCAGAGCAAGACUCUGAAGAUACCACUAUAACUCUAGUUGAAAGGAAUGCAGAAUAUUCUCCUGUAAUGCUUACACGUUUGGAGAAUACUCUUAAUGCUGCCAAGAAUUCGUUAGACAGAUAUGAAUCUGUCCUUAUUGGAGGUCCUGUUGGUUGUGGGAAAUCAACUUUUGUGAAUAAUUUGGCGAAGGAAUUUUGUUGCAAAGUACAUAGUAUUCAAAUAAGUGAACAAACAGAUGCAAAAACACUCUUAGGGGCAUAUUGUUGCACUGAAGUACCUGGACAAUUUAUAUGGCGUCCAGGUCCAUUAAUUUCAGCGAUGAAACAAGGUUAUGCAUUGAUACUCGAAGAUAUUGAUCGUGGCUCUGCUGAACUACAGCUAUUAAUUACUUCUGUGCUAAGAAAAUUGAAAGAUUGUUCAAGUAGUCUGAAUAACGGUGUAUUAGUUGAUCCUGUCAAUGGAAAUCCUAUUCAUCAGCAUAAAAAUUUCCGUCUUCUUAUGACUCGACGUUUUGUUACAUGUCAAGGAGGAGAUUUUCGUCAAGAAUAUGUAAAUCCUUUAAUUGAUCUACUAGAUCGUUAUUGUUUUGUAAUAACAUUACCAAACUUUUCUAAGGAUGAGAUAUAUCUUUUAAUUAAUCAACAGUAUCCUACGCUUACGCCUUUCAUUGAUCGUAUCAUGAAGAUUUACUUGUUCAUUGUGGAUGCUUUUCAAAAUGCUAACAUCAAUGUAAAUAACAGUCAUAAUAAUGCUUCACGAAUACGUGGAAUCUCUGUAAGAGAUUUGCUGAAAUUCUGUUCACGUAUAUCAAUGUUAACAGAGAAAGAGAAUUUCGGUGAAUUAUUACUAUUGAAUGCAGUGGACUGUUUUUUAUGCUCAAUGUGUAAUUCUCUUAAACAAUUGGAGCUGGCUUGUCGACUGGCUGGAGAAUUAAAUUUCACUGUAGAAAAUGCAAGAAAUAUUCUAUGCUGUCGAUCAAUCGGUAUUAACUUACACACUCAGAAGAGUAUUUUACAAAUUGGUCGAAUUAUUCUACAAUGUCGAAGAAGUCCAGAAUGGGAGAUUCAAAUCGCUGGAGGGAAUUCAAUGCUUCAAAGUUCUAAUGAAUUAAUUUGGCCGUUUGCUUCAACUCGUUUGUCAUGUUCAUUGUUAGAGAGAAUAGCAGUUGCUGUUAAGCACAAAGAACCUGUAUUACUUGUCGGUGAGACAGGAACUGGUAAAACAUCCACUGUCCAACGAUUAGCCUAUCUUACGGGUCAUCGUUUAAAGGUGAUCAAUUUGAAUCAACAAUCGGAUAGUGUAGAUCUAAUGGGAGGAUUUAAACCUGUCGACUUUCAAGUGUUUGUUCGGCCGAUACGUGAAAAAUUUGAAUCUCUUUUUAGUUGUACAUUUAAGUUGGAUAGUAAUGCAACUUUUUUGAAUCAUAUAAAUACUUGUUUCACAUCAGAACGUUGGCUUGAUUUAAUCACCUUAAUGCGUCAUCCAGCUCGUGUUGCUGUUCAGCGUGAUUCUGCAGAUUCUUCAGCAUGGAUUAAACUUUUAAAUGAGUUAAAUAUGCUAGAAAAACGUUUUGAAAAUAUUACCAAGUCAAAUAAACCUGGACUUGGAUUCGCUUUUAUCGAAGGUGCAUUAGUUCGUGCUGUACAAGACGGUGAUUGGAUACUACUGGAUGAAAUCAAUUUAGCACCAGCUGAAAUGCUUGAUUCUCUAAGUGGUUUAUUAGAUUCAGAGAGGGGAAGUCUUGUGUUAACAGAACGCGGUGACAGUGAACCAGUACAACGUCAUAAAGAUUUUCAUUUAUUCGCUGCUAUGAAUCCAGCUACAGAUGUUGGAAAACGUGAAUUACCAGUGGGACUUCGUAAUCGUUUCACUGAAUUCUAUGUGCCUGAAUUAGAUCCUGGUGUUGAAGCAAAUCCUAAUACCUCUACAAGUACUACUACUAGCAAUAUUAAUAGUGGUAUAUCAGAUAAUUUUGUCAAUACUAUCACGGAUUCAAAUGUUAAACGUGAUCUUGAGAUAUUACGAUCAAAUAAUCGUGAAGAUUUAGCUACAUUGGCACGUUCAUAUCUAUUGGCGUUGAAUCCAACUCCAUCACAACUGGCUACAAUUGUACGUUUGUAUUCAGCAUUAAGACAAGCUGCUUUAGAAGGUCUAGUAGAUGGUGUUGGUCAAAGACCUCAUUUCAGUCUUCGAACGUUAUGUCGGGCUUUAAUUGAAGCUGGUCGAGGUUAUCAUGGCAGUGUAUUGCGUUCGUUGUAUGAGGGUUUGAUAUUCAGUUUUGGUUCACAAAUAUGUCGAACAUCUCGACCUAUUCUCGAUACAUUGAUACAACGUUAUCUCUCCUCUGGUUGGAAUACAGACUCAGUAUCAUUACUACGCCAGUUGAAUACGCCAUUACCGAUACCACCGUUGAACAGUUUACCUGCAGCGAAUAUUGAUAAUUCUACGACUACUAAUACUAAUACUACGAGAUCACAAUGUCCUGAAGAUUAUUUUAUCAAUGUUGAAGGGUAUUGGUUGCCUAAAGGGUCACAACAACCUGUCGCAUAUUGUGACAAGGCGAAUAAUAAUACCACAGCUGGGAAUUAUAUAUUAACACCAAGUGUUCAAGCCAAUUUAAAGGAUUUAGCACGUGUUGUCUCUGCAGGGGGUGGUCUACCUGUGCUGUUACAAGGUGAAACAUCAGUUGGCAAGACCUCGCUGAUCACCUAUCUGGCUAAACGUGUCGGUCAGGUGUGUUAUCGAAUCAAUAAUCAUGAGCAUACAGAUCAACAAACUUAUCUUGGAACAUAUACAGUCUCAUCAACUGCACAAGCAACGAGUAAAACAUUAUCCACAACAGGGGAAGAGGGAAAUCUCAAUGGGCAAAUAAAAUCUGCCUCACCAUUAGUCUUUAAAGAUGGCUUAUUGGUCAAAGCUAUGCGUUAUGGUUAUUGGAUUAUAUUGGAUGAAUUGAAUUUAGCGCCAACUGAAAUUCUAGAAGCUUUGAACAGAGUUUUAGAUGACAAUCGAUCUGUGUUUAUUACAGAGACGCAGGAAACAGUUAAAGCACAUCCACACUUUCGACUAUUUGCUACACAAAAUCCACCGGGUCUAUAUGCUGGACGUAAGAUGUUAUCACGUGCUCUACGUAAUCGUUUUAUUGAGCUGCACUUUGAUACAAUUCCUCGAAAUGAAUUAGAAAUAAUUCUGGAGAAGAAGUGUCUACUUCCACCUAGUAGAGCUCAUCGUCUAGUUGAAGUGAUGCAUCGUCUUCAGCUUGCUAGAUGUAGUUCCAAUCUGUUUCAAGGCAAAGAUAGUUUUAUCACCCUACGUGAUCUAUUUCGAUGGGCUGAACGUUAUAGAUUAGCAACAUGCGAUAAAGUAUCUGGGUGUCAUAGCGGCGAUGGAGGACAAGUUCAGCUAUUCGAUUGGGAUGCUUACCUAGCUGAUCAAGGCUAUUUAUUACUUGCUGGACGUGUACGUAAUCCAAAUGAAGUACAAGUUGUAGCAGAGGUUAUUGAAACUGUAUUUAAACGUAAAGUUACAGAAUCAAGACUAUUCGACCUAAAUGAAGAGUCAUCCCCAGCGGUAUACGAAUUUUUACAACCAAUCCUUUCGGUGGAUAAUACAAUCUGUCAACCAGCCUUUCAACAUAUUGUAUGGACAAGAGAUAUGCGUCGUUUAUUAGUUCUAAUUGGUAAUGCGUUAAAGUACGAAGAGCCAGUGUUAUUAGUCGGAGAGACAGGCUGUGGUAAAACAACAAUUUGCCAGGUGAUUGCUGCACUGCACAACCAACGUUUACAUUGUGUUAAUUGUCAUCAGUGUACUGAGGCUUCAGAUUUUCUUGGUGGCCUUCGACCUGUUCGGCAUUCGUCAACUAAUAAUGAGGCGACAAAUUCUACAGAUGAUUCUCGUCUAUUUGAAUGGGUCAAUGGUCCAUUAGUUGUUGCUAUGCUAAACGGGGAUCUAUUUCUACUGGAUGAAAUUUCAUUGGCUGAUGAUGCUGUAUUAGAACGAUUAAACAGUCUACUUGAACCGGAACGACAACUUCAUCUUGCUGAGUGUACUGAAGACCUAUUGGAUGGUACUUCACUUGACACUACCCAGUUAACAGCUGACCCCAAGUUUCGAUUUAUUGCUACAAUGAAUCCUGGUGGAGAUUAUGGGAAGAAAGAAUUAUCACCUGCUCUAAGGAAUCGUUUCACUGAAAUUUGGUGUCCAUCACCGACAUUUACAGCUGUCCACCCAUCAUCAUUAUCAUCAUCAGUCAGACCUGAUGAAUCCUUGUUGAAGGAGUUGUCCAACCCGCUAACUGAUUGGAUAGAUAUUGUUCAACAUAAUUUGAAAUUAAAACUUCCGAAUAUUUUCAGCGGUGAAAAUAAUCGUCUUGCUAGACAAUUUUCUGAAAAAAUGGUGAAUUUUAUUCAGUGGUUAGCUGUAACCCAGGAAGAAUGUAAAUCGAAUGGUAUUACUUCAUUACAUCACAGAUCUCCACCAACUAUUCGUGAUUUAAUCGCUUGGAUUGAAUUCAUUCGAACUGUCGUCAGAACAAACGACGAUAGUCAAGCGGAUUCAUAUUGCCAAAUAACAGGAACAACAACGACGACAACAGCGACAAUCGACUUGUUCAGCGCUUGCAUACAUGGUGCAUGUUUAAUAUUCCUGGAUGCUUUGGAUGAAACUGCUAACACGAAAACUGAUGAUCAAGGGAACUGUAAUAAUGUUAAUAACAAUCCUACAGGCUUCUUUUGCACUACAAUCCGUUAUCUUAUUGAUCAAAUGUCAUCAAUUGACAAGAAUUUAAUUGACACUAUUCAACAACCAUUUCCUGACUUUGAGACUAUUUAUGCUAAUUUUUGUACUCCAAUGAAUGAAGAAUUUGUGUUGAAGAAAAGCACUGAAUGCUUCGGUUGUGAUCCAUUCUUCAUACCUACAGGUCCUUAUCUACCUUAUGGCGAUGACGUCACAACGCCCACUUCAUUUAUUUUCGAUGCACCAACGCCUGCUUCAAAUUUAAAGCGUUUACUAAGAGCUAUGCAACUACCUGGUAGAGCAUUACUGCUUGAAGGUAGUCCAGGUGUUGGUAAGACUACAUUGGUAAUGGCUUUAGCUAAAGCCUCUGGACAUAAAGUGAUACGUAUAAAUUUGUCGGAGGCAACAGAAGCUAGUGACUUAUUUGGAUGUGAUCUUCCAGUGGAGGGUGCUGAAGCAGGUGUUUUCGCUUGGAAAUCUGGUCCAUUUUUACAAGGUCUUUGUGAUGGCCAUUGGAUUGUACUAGAUGAGAUGAAUUUAGCCUCUCAAUCAGUUCUUGAGUGUUUAAACGCUUGCCUGGAUCAUCGUGGUGAAGUAUUCAUACCUGAAUUGAAUACCACCUUUAAGAUUAAUUCAAAGACUACUCGUUUAUUCGCCUGUCAAAAUCCUUUACGUGAAGGUGGUGGACGUAAAGGUUUGCCACGUUCAUUUUUGAAUCGUUUCACUCAGGUGUAUAUGAGGUCAUUGACAAUAUCAGAUCAAGAAUUUAUCCUUAGUCAGUUAUAUCCUGAUAUAUCGACAGAGUGUAUUCACAUAAUGGUUGCUUUUAACGAUGAGGUGAAUAAACGUAUUAAUGUUGAACAUGAAUUCGGUAGUCAAGGUGGACCAUGGGAGUUUAAUUUACGUGAUUUAACUCGAUGGUGUGAUCUGUUGGUGAAAGGGAAGGAAUUCGAGGGUAUUAACCCUGGGCUUUAUGUUCACCUGUUGUACACUGAUCGUAUGCGUACACUACAGGAUAAACAAAAGAUUGUCACAUUAUGGAUUGAUGUCUGCAAGACGUUAGGCAUGCAGACUGGAGCGUAUUAUUAUUAUGAACCACGUGGAAAUAUUUUCCUUCUCAACGAAUCAAUUCACUGUGGUUUAGCGCAUUUUCUCCGUUCAUCUCCUGAAGAGUAUUCUUCUUCAAGGGUAGAUAAUGAAUCCUGCGAUCAUUUAUUAUUGUUGGAUCGUCAACGUAGUGUACUGGAAAGCUUUUUAAAAGUUAUUGAAAUGGGUUGGAUGGUAAUGUUGAUUGGACCGCCAGGUUGUGGCAAACGUACUCUUGCCCAUAUUGCAUCUAUUCUUCUUGGUCAGAAAAUGUUAACAAUGUGUUUGUCACCGACAUCGGAUACCAUUGAAUUACUCGGCUCAUUGGAACAACGUGAAGCCGGUGGUCUGUUUGAAUGGGUGGAUAGUCCACUUGUCAAGGGGAUCAUCGAUGGUAGUUGGGUGUUGAUAGAAAAUGCUCAGUUAUGCAGUCCUUCAACACUUGAUCGGUUGAAUAGUCUCUUAGAACCGAAUGGAGAAUUACUACUAAGUGAACGUGGACUUGAUGCCAACGGUAAACUUAUCACCUUGAAAGCACAUCCAGAUUUUCGUUUAAUUUUGGCUGUUGAUGAAAUUUGCGGUCCAACGGGUGGUGGUGGUUGUAGUGUAGGUGGAUCGACCGGCAUUUCUAGAGCAAUGCGUAAUCGUGGUCUGGAAAUCACUUUCAUUGAACCAAUUUCACUUCCACAUUUGGAUCUGCUACGUUUAUUCACUUCAAUAAAUGUUCCCAAAUCAAUAGCUAUUGGUCUUUUAGAAUUUCAUUCACUCUUCUUAGAGGCGUGUGAAAAUCCCAGCUGUAUUGAACAACAUCUUCAGCGUUUCAAUGAACGGCGACAGUCAUCUUCACCUGUGGCGAAUAUUUUUCAGUUGGUAACAUGUCAUAGCUUUAAAAAGCCUCCGAUCGGUGCACUGAUAUCCGCUGGACAGUAUGCUAAACAAUUGUUGGCAAAUCCUAGUCAACUGGGCGACGGUUCCCCUCUUGGAGAAAAAUCAAGUAACAAGAUGUUGAAGAAGAAGAAGAAGAUCAAAAGGAUAAAGAGGUUGAAGAAGUCGAAGAGAGAAGAGAUUCCAGUGGAUCUUGAUGAAGACGAUGGUGAUGAUGUUGAUGAUAAGUGCAGUAGUGAAGUGGACAUUAACAGAAUUCUGAAUCAUGUUCUUCAAUUUGUCUAUUGUCAACGUCAAAUGCAUGUCAAAGCUAUAGAGUUCGUGAAAUGGUUGAUCACAUACUACGUUGACAAUGCAUUCAUCGAUAAAGCAUCAUCAACUGAUACGGGAAGUGAUCAGCGCCUAUUGCAUUUACCUGAACGUUAUCUUCAUCAUAGCGUGAAUGAAUUAGUUAGUAGACGAUCAUCACCUAAUGGCUAUCGUCAAUUUCAUGUCAGUUUAAUUGAUCUCACACUCUCCGAUUAUUCAACAUCAUCAAUUAUUACAUCUGAAUUGUUAUUGUUAGCUAAACGUAUCCUAUUGGAACAAGCUAAUCCCUCUGAAACACAUCUUGAGAAUGAUCAGUUCAUGAAGAUGUUGACAUCUUCAUCAUCGUCAGUAUCUGUAAGACAAUUAAAGCUGUAUUAUGAUCUAACCACCUGGCCAGAUCUACGUUGGAUACCUGGUUGGAAGCAUUUUAUUGGAUUGUUGGGAUGCCCCCCACCUGAUGUAUUGCUAUAUGAGUGGAAUAAACGCUUGUAUUCUCUCCUAUUGGCUGAAUUGUACGAAUCUACAAUGAAUGUAUCAGAUGUUGAUAGUCAAGCAUUUACCUGUACAAAACCUGCAGAUCUUUGUCAUUUACCUUUAUUACAAGUAAUUAAAUCGGCUAGUGAAAAUCAUCUUCCUGCUAUGUGGUUAGACGCUUAUCCUGGAUUGACUGAAUUACACGAUAAAUGGUUAGACUAUUUACACAAUCUAUGGAAUCAAUUCCCUGCCACCUCUACUAGUGAACAAUGUGAUUUAUCUUUCUUUUAUACCGCCAUUUGUAAAGCUUGGUCAUGGAUACAUUUAUUCGCUUGUCGUCCAUUGGGCGAUUCAUUCGAUUGGCCUGAACGUUGUUCAUUCCACAAUCAAAGAGCUGUACUCACUAGUGAUGACAGAUUCAAUUUAGAUCUACCAAAACUAUCAACAAUUACACAAUGCUUUCUGUCGAAGUCGACACCACCAUCUAUGAUUACAGGGAAAGAGUAUGAAAUGUAUUCAUCACCAAUGUAUAAUGCUGCUUUCUGUGUUGAUUGGUUGCAAUUUGGACAGAUUUUGAAUGAAUUCUUAUUGAGACUUACAAGUAGUAGUAAUGGUACCAGUGAGUUAAAUCUGGACAGGGAUUACAGUGAUAAUGACGAUGAUAGUGAUAGCGGUGGUGAUAGCGAUCUUGGUGAGGAUAGUAAUGCUAUUAACGAUGAGGAUAUGAUGAAUGCAAAGCAGGCAAUCAUCCCUCUCUCCGGUACUACUGAUGAUCAUCUUGGAGGUGAUAUCUACCGAGAUAUUUUGAAAUUCUAUUGUCUAUGGCCUUGGACUAUGAUUUUAAUGUCAAAAUAUAUUGAAACUGAGUUGUUAAAUACUACUCAUAAUAGUAAUAAUAGUAGUGGUAAUCAUCAAUACUAUAUACAAUUGAAGACAUCUUUACGCAUAUAUAUUCGUUGUGUGUUAAUGUCAUUGAAUCGUCCUGGUCUAUUAGCCAGUCUUGUUAUGACACAAUCUGUGUUGAAGAAUUCAAACACUGAACAGUCAAGGAUUGCUAAACAAUUAUUGAUGGAAGAAUUCAGCAUGAUGCCCUCAUCAUCCACAUCGUCAUCCACAAAAAUGAGUGCUUCUUCUUCUACUUCGACAACUUCGUCUUUCUCAAGUAUGCUAUCCUUCCUAUUUCAACGUUUAGACUGGAGUCUUCCAAGUGAACUGACCAGUCUUCAGACAGUGAAUCAGCCUGACAUAUUAGGUGAAUGGCGAUCAGUUAGCCAAGCGUUGAUUAAUAUCACUUGGCCAAUGUUAUACGAUUAUGGUGCUUAUGCAUAUCGUGGUAAGCUGACUGUCUACGGUUGGCGAUAUCGUCAGCAUAUUAUACAAGAUGCAAAUUAUUUAUUGUUUUUAUCACCACCUUCAAGUAAUGAAUUGAGCAAUUCGCCGGAGAAUGAUAAUUUACAGUCUUCUGAUAUAAAGACAGUUGUACAGCUUGCCUUCACUCUCCUACAAGGAAUAUAUCGAUCAUUAAAAUCUAUUGGCAAAUCACAUCCCACCGGAGAGAAUAAUCUCCCAGUCUACUCGAAUGGUGUUUGCCUUUCCCUAAUUGAUCUGUUGAAUUGGAUCAACAUCACUUUAAAACCAUCUAUAGAUUUAAUUAAAACAUCAUGUCUGACUAAUCGUCAAUCUUCUUCUGAUUGGUAUCAUAUUGCACGUUUAACUGAACUGUUAAUUGAACAAUUCAAUCAACUUCACGUGUUGCUGACCACUUCCAACUCCUCGUCAACAGACGAAUCUCUUCAGAUGAAUAUUGACAAUCAGAGAAUAUUGAUGAAUAAUAAAUUUAUUUUGAGCAAAUGUUGGCUUCUGAUUGGUUGCCUAUAUCUACGAUGUAUUCGUCCAGAAAGUCAUUUAGAUCCGUAUCUUGUCAUGCAAAUUGAAGAGGAGGAUAUUGAAUAUGAGAUGAAACGUAUCAAUAGUGAAUUAGAAUUCCGUGAGCAUCUUCAACAACACUCGAUUGGCGCCUAUAAUGAUAAUCGUCUAAUGCCUUUAAAAGAUAUCCAUCCAGAUAGCGUGACAGAUCAUGUGAACUCUGGUUUACUGCAUCCAUGGUUAGGUGUUCUAAUCAAUCGACGCCGAUGUCUUUCUUCCAAGGCAGAAGAUUUAAAACAUCAAUUAGGAGCCAGUUGUAAGGAGAUUUUAGUCUGUCGUCAAAACUCAAAUUUUGAGUAUGUAGAGAUUCGACGUCGUCUGACUACUUUUCUAACGGAUUUCACCGAGGAUUUCUUACUUCCAUAUUGUCCUCAAGACAAUAACAACAACUAUACUGAAAUGAUUGAAAAGAAUUUCAAACUACAAACAAUUCAUCGAUGGAUUGAAGCUACAGCCAAUUUAGGCAAUUGGUUAACUGAACCGAAACGUUAUCAUAUGUUUGCCGAUAUUAUUACACCUUUCCUGUAUGGUUUAUUCUAUGUGUAUCGCGGUCUUCGAAUUGUCUUUCAUGAGAUCAUUUCACCGAGUAACGCAUUGAAUGUGUCUGUCUCGUCAAUGAUUAAAUCUUUGGUGACUAAUCUUCUGCCAAAUGCAUACACUGAUGAUAAUAAAAAUAAUGCCAUCGGUGUAUUAUCAUCAUCAUCAUCAUCACCAGCUAAUCAACGAUCAUCUCGACCGAUGUUAUUAGCCAUGGAAUUAGCUAGUCCUGAAUCGAGACGCAUCAUUCAACAAUUAGUCAACUCUGUUAAUAAUUCAAUGCUGCUAGGCAAUCUAAAGAACAAUGAUGAUACUCUACGAAAAACUCAAGAAAUACAAUUUCGAAUCAGUUCAUUCAUCCUAAAUUUAUUAUGGUUACAUAAUGCUGAAAAGAAUACUUCAACACUUCCCUUUGAAAAUAUGCAUAAAUUAAUUGGUCGUAUACUGAAUUCAAUGCUGCGUCCAUUAGCUCAACAUUGGAGGCAUAUCGAAGCGGAAAGAAAACGUUUAUCUGAAUUGAGAGCAGCACUCUUCUUGGAAGCUGAUCGUCGUAAACAACUUAUACGUAAUGAAUUACAAGGUAUUAAGACAGAUGCUAAAGGAGGCCAACAACGACGACAACACCACCAACAACAAAGUGAUCGAUGCACUUCGCCGGAAUUAAUCGAUCAGUCAUUAAAUGAAGAAUUAGACUGGCGUUUACGCUUUUCAGAAUCAGCAUGUUUAAAGGCAUUCUCUGAAUUAAGCAUUGGUGCGAAUAAAUUGUCUGCUAGUGGUUUAGCUAAAGAAGAUCAGAUUCAACAGACAGUCAAUAAAUUGGAAGCAGUCGACAAUUGGUUAAAGAAAUCAUUGAAUACCUCUGACAAAUAUUGGAUACCAGAUGAAAAUGAAUUGGUCUAUUUUAUUAAUCGUCUUGUUUACCUGCUGCUUUUGUGCUGUAGCAAUUCAGAGACGCCUAGCUCUACUUCAAUCAAUAAUCCGAUGAUACAUUCAAAGAGUGAAAUGCCUAUUCAUCAAUUGGAUGUGACCAAUGCAUUCUCAUGGCACUGGCAUACUGUGCUCUUUGGUUAUAAUUUAGCCAGUUGGUUGUCAAUUCAGUCGAAAAUGAGUUUAGAUCCUGCUGUUGACAAGUUGUAUACGUUACCGUUUAUCGGUAUCACAGCCUAUAUGGGGCAAUAUGAUAUACGAGCUCAUCCUAUCCUUCCUAUCAUCGGUUCAUCACCGUCAUCAUCAUCAUCAUCCAAUUCAACAUCACCGUCGAAUUAUCAUUUCAACUCAAAAUGGUUAAUUAUGAAAUCACAUUGUUACAAUGUUUACCUUGAUCCUAUUCCAUUGGAAGAGGCAGAGAAAUUGAACUCAAUAUUGAAACAUUUAGAAAGUCAAGUGAAGCAUAUCUUAAAUCAAUGGCCUGGACAACCAAGUUUAUUACGUUUGUUAACCAUUAUUCGUCGGAUUGAAUCCUUCACUGUAUCUGAUCCAUUGAUGAAAUUUGUCACUGGGAUUGAAAUGCUUUGGCAAGAGAUGCAGGAAUGGGAACGUGACGCUGCUAGGCAUGUAUCGUUGACAGAGUCAAGUAAAGAGGUGUGCAAUUUAUUAGUUUGUUGGCGUAAAAUGGAAUUGAGUUAUUGGUUGGCUACAUUAGAUUCAGCUGAAAUUCAAAUAGGUAAUCGGUGUAUGACACUAUGGUUUCAUUUAUACGAUUUAUUCUUACGACCUGGAAGUUAUCGUGAACAACAACAACAACAACAGAUGAAUGCCAAAAGAAAACAGCCAAGUAAGAAUAAUAAUGAUAAUGCUGAUGUUGGUGACGACAAUGGAGAUGUACAACAACUGGAGAUAGAUCGUCUUGAUGCUUUGAUUGAAUUAUUUGAAAAAGGACCAAUCGGAGAGUUUAUAUCACGUUGGAGGCUAGUCGCUUCUAUUUACUCUGCAUUGAAUAUAUGGCCUGGUCUUAGCGAUAAAGAGCGUUCCUCAUCUAAACGGAUAGUUGGUAAUGCAGUAUGGUUUUAUGCUCAAUUUUUACCCUACAUAUCUGAAGAAUUGAAAAAUCUUCGUAAACCAAUUGAAAAAGAAAUGAAGGGUAUUGUAAAUAUCACUAAAUGGGGUCAUUAUUCACGUUUCUGGUCGGUGAAGACAUCAGUGGAUCGUUGCAAAAAGUCUAUUCAUAAACAUGUGAAAAAUUGGGAAUCUAUUCUACAACGACCAGUUCGACCAAUAUUUGAAAGUAUUAUGAAAAUUCCUGAUUUCAUAAAGUCGCCAAAUGGUAUGGAUGAUAUCACCAGUGGUAGUGGUGGUGGUGAUGAUCAGAUCUGUUGUUCCAGUGGAUGGUUAAAACUGGAAAUGUCAGAUAUUUCAAAAGUACUGCAUCACUCCUCAAUAAGAAGAUCAUUUGAUUAUUUACAACAAGUGUACUGCAAGUCAAAUGAAGGAGGUGACAAUCUGCCGUUGCAUAUAAAACGCCUCCCAUCACUUAUCAAGCGACUGCAUAAACACGUCUACACUGUUGCUCAUAAUUCACCUAUCCUUCAGUGGAUAAAACAACUACGUUCUGGUGUCCAGUUGUGGAUGGCACUUGUACAAGAUUUGAGUCAACAAACAGAACGAUUAAAUUCUUCUUGUCCAUCUGGAAAUCAACUGGCUAAGUUUAAUAAACAGAAAGCGAAUCGUAGAUCAAAAUUAGGUCGAAAACAUGAUGGGGAUGAAGACGGAGGAGAUGACGAUGGUGAUGAUGAUGAAGAAUUGAAGAAAACAUGUCAGUGGUAUCAAGAAUUCACAGCUUUACAACAAAGAAAACGUUUAGCUCUAUCGGAUUGGUUGAAAAUUGCAACACGUAAAAGUCAACAAUCACAUGAUAUUUCCGAUCAUGAAUCGUCGUCGACUAUACCUUCAGAUUCUGAUGAAUUGACUAAUGACAACAAUAACGCCGAUUCGAAUGAGUACUCACCAGACGAUACCAUUAAUAAUAACAAUGCUACUUCUUCAGAUGAUGAUUUAUUUGAAGCCCUACAACUGCCUAGUCUUGGUCUCUCCUACCGUAGAGGUCAACGUGAAACACAGACAGGACAUAUGAGUCGUUUUCUUGUCCAACUACACGGUGAUCCAUGGAGUUAUGUAAACCAGGAGAUUGGUCAUAGUCAUCCAGAUAGCAAUUCUGACUCUGAUGAAGUUUACAUUCGUGGUGUAUGCAGUCGUCUAUCUCGUCUAAUCGCUUUACGCGCCAGUCUACCACGUGUUCCUGGACCACAAGAUGGUGAUGUUGAUACAAGUGCAGCAAUAUUGAAUGAAAUUGGCGGGCCAAAUAAUCUCUUUCGAUUAAUUGGUAUUAUGGAUGAUUUGUUGAAUCAGUGUUCUACCGGUUUUAAAGUAUGCAGUCAAUUCACUAAUCUGUGUAAGCGAAUCAAUUAUCUAGUCCAGCAGUAUGCUGUUAGUUUGAAUGUUUUCAUGUCAGAAGAUAAAGUUGUUAAAGACGAGAAACAGACUGAUCUGUUCACCGGUUAUAUAUCUGAUCCAGAGAGGCUAAAACGGAUUCAAGUAUCAACUCACAACUUGGAUCAAAUUAUCAGAGAGCAUAUUUAUCAAUGGAGUGUAUUUUGGACAGCAUUUCAAAAACAAACGGGGAAUAAACCUUUCGAAUUAAACCAACUGUCUAGUCUAUUCGGUUCUGAGGCUUGGUCUUGGUUAACAACAGCAAGUGGUCAAUUGCUGGCCUCCCUAUCAAAUGAAAAUCCUGCUCAACUGACCAAUCUGACAGAAUCUCAUUUAACGCCUUUAAAGUUGGCUAUGCAUCAAGUAUUAAAGUGUACUACACAACUCCUCAACUUGAACACCUUUUUAUGGAAUCCUGUCAUACGUGCGUACUGUGAAGAACUGUACCUUUCCGUGGAAUAUUUACAAAGCACUCUGACUAAUUUAGUCGAUUCAUAUAAGCAAGCGAAUUGUACUCAAUUGUUUGCUCCAGUCUUUCAAUGUCUACAAGAACAAAUUACUGUUGAAUGGGGAAAAAUCCAUUGUGAAUUACAAGUUUUAUCUCCAGUGAUGACUAGUGAUGAUUAUUGUGAUAUUGACAUGCUAGACACUCAUGCAUCUACUACUACUAUUGAAAUCAAUGAUAUGAGUAGUGUCAGAAAACCAGAUGAAAGAUUUGAACAACUUGUUAAUCAUUGUAUUCAUUCUAUCCUGAAAGCUGUUCAAAUUAUUCAUAAAUCAGAUCAAAUUGUCAAUGAAUUGGAUCAGAUUGCUUUGAUGAAUCAUUUCUCGAAAGUACUUACCGAACUGAUGACUUCUGUACUGCCCCAGGUUAUCGAAUAUUUGUCAAGAACGCGAUCAAUUCUGCAGAACACACAAACAUCGAUGUCAUCGGAUAGGGAUUUGCAGUCAAUUCGAUUAGUAUUGAUUCACUGCGUCUAUCCGUUAAUGGAUGGUCUGUCGAAAGCGUUGUCUACACGUUGUAUACAAUUUUGGAGUCUUUUAGACGCCUGGUUUAAGCUGGGCGAAUGCGCUAUGCGCAUCACUGGACGUUUAAUCACGGAAGGCUUUUGUCGUCCAGCUAAUUUACCUAGAGAUCAAAAUAGUCAGGCAGCAGAUGGUAAUGGGGCGACAAGCAACACGUCAGAUGGCGGACAGAUGGAUACGGAAGGUGCUUCAUCAGGCGGUACAAGUUUAACAUCGACCGCCGGUGGUGAUACAUCAGGCGCGAAAGAUGUUAGUAAUGAAUUAGAGUGUCAAGAACAAAUUGAAGGGUUGAUGAAUGAUAAACAAUCGGAGAAUAAUGAUCCUAAAGGCAAGAAUAGGGAUGGUGAUAACGAUACUAAUGGCAUUGAAAUGCCAGAUGAUGACUUCCAAGGACAAUAUGACGAUCCAGACAUGGAGAAUUGUAGUGCAGAGGAUGACAACUCCUCUGAUCAAGUAGAUCAAGAGAAUUUCGAUGAGAAAAUGGGUGAAACAGAUGGACCAGGUGAUGAUUUAGCCAAUGAAAUGUGGGCAUCUGAUGAUGAUGACGACGAAGAGAAGGAGGAAAACGAAGCCAAAGAUGGCGAUGGUGCUGACAACAACGAGCAAGAUAAUAAAUCAUCAAGUGGAGUUCAAGAUGAUAAGAUGAAAAGUAAACAGGAAGGUGAGCGAAAUGCUGAUGGUGUUCAAGAACAAAAUAAACAGAGUUCUAAGUCCGACGAACAGGAGGAACAGGAAGGAGACAGCGCCGAGCCAUCUGAUAAUAAAACUGAUAAUAGGUCGGAUAGUUCUUCACCUAAGCGGAAAAAACCGAAACAUCCUCAAAAUGCAUCAGGGAAGAGGACUACUGUAGCAAAUGAAGACUGUAUGGAGCAUCCUGAAACUGAUGGUGGUGAGCCUACAUCACCAAAGAAACCAAACGUUGAUGAUGAUGACGAUAAUAAUAAUAAUGAUCAAGGUUUGCCAGAAGACACUGAGUUUGCGGACAAUGCUGAUCAGUCGCCUGGACGUGAUGUUGAAGAUCUGCCAGGUGAUUUGUUCGACAAUCAAAUGGAUAUUGAUGCAGAGGAUGAUAAUGGCGAAGAAGAACCUUGUGGUCACCCAGAACAUGAAAAUAAUCAAUCCACGUUGGAUGAAAAAGAUUUGGAACAGAAGGAAGGUGAAACGAUGGAUAUCGAUGAAUAUCCUAGUGGUGAAGAUCCAGCUAAAGUAGAAGUAUUCCCCUACCAUGGAAGUGGAUCAGGUGAUUUGAAUACUCAGUCGAAUGUUCUUGGUGGACCUGAUGAAAAUGUUGAAGAUGUUGACAAAACUGAAACGAAUGAUGAUGAAAAGGAUGGCUCAAAUAUGGAUUCAUCAGCUGUACCACCUCAACAAUUAACUGAUAGUGGUAAUCAGUCUAGUCAAGGAGAUGCUUCAGGUGAAAAAUAUACACCAUCUACUCGUAGUGGUGAUCAGUCAGAAACGUCAAGAACAGAACCACUCAGUGGACAGCAGCAACAACAACAACAGCGUCAAACUAACAGGAAUCAGUCUCGUUCUGGCCCAAAGCCAACAUCAGAAAAUCGAAGUUUAGCAAACAAACAAAAGUCUUUAUUGUCUGGGGUUGAAACUUUAGAAGUAGAUUCAGAACAACAAAGUGGUGAACAGGACUCAUCCUCCAACGAAAAUGACAAGAAUUCACAGCUAUUUCAACAUCUGCCCAACCCUGAGGAUCCAAACAGUAAUAAUGCUAAUGCCAAUGCUCCGUGUGUUCGUGAUUCUGCGACUUUAGACCAGGCAGAGAAACAACUGACCAAUGGUGAUGACGAUGAAUCUAUGAAUCAGUGUGAUGACACUGGCCUAGAGAAGGAUGAUAAUAUUGAUAACAAGGAUGACGACAAUGAAAGACUGCCAACAUCAGAAUUAGAGCCUACUGAUGCUAAAACAAACAUUCUACCGCAACAGUUAAAUCCUUUUGUGAAAGGCAAACAGUAUCCUGGCGGUGAUGAAGCGGUUGAAUCCGACCCAACAGCAGAGUUUGUACCAACUUUAGGCGCUCAAAGACCACCACAAUCGAUUAUUUGUACACGGACUGCAGCUCUAAUUCUACCGCCGUCAACGAUGGAUAAUUCACUGGCUGAGAUGUCAACAGAUUUACAAAUUUUGGACAAUAAUAAAUUUGCACAGACAUCACUUGAAGGUGCUUUAGAAUGGGCAACUUGUUGUCAACGAUCGAGUGGUUUAGCACGUCAAUUGUGUGAAGCACUUCGUCUGGUACUUGAACCAACUAAAGCAUCACGUUUACGAGGAGAUUAUCGUACUGGGAAACGUAUUAAUAUACGAAAGAUUAUUCCUUAUUUGGCUAGCCAGUUUAGAAAAGAUAAAAUUUGGCUGCGUCGUUCUCAACCAAGUCAACGGGAAUAUCGUAUCCUGAUAGCUGUUGAUGAUUCUUCGUCAAUGUCUGAAAAUCUUUGUAAACAGAUGACUUUUGAAUCACUGACAACUGUUGUCACAGCAUUGAAUCUUCUUGAAGUUGGUCGAAUCGGAGUUUGUAGCUUUGGUGAAUCAGUACGUGUUCUACACGACCCAAAGGAUCCGUGGGCAACAGAUGUUGGUCCUCGUGUGUUAAGUCAAUUCACUUUUGAACAGCCGAAGACAUCACUAGUUCAGUUGCUUCAUUGUACUAUCCAUCUUAUGAAUUCGAUCGGUUAUACAAACUCUUCGAGUACAAUACCUAGUCAACUGUUAUUAAUUCUGUCAGAUGGUGUUUUCUCCGAAGACCCACAAAGUCAGUCUUUACAGGCUGCAGUACGAUUGGCACGUGAUUCACAUAUAUUCCCUGUCUGUCUUAUUCUGGAUGAUGUACGCAAAAAGCAUUCUAUAUUUGAUCUUCGGAGAUAUUGUGGCCCAGGUAAACUACAACCGUAUAUGGAUGUCUUCCCAUUGCCCUACUACUUAGUUCUACGUGAUUUAGCCUGCUUACCGAAUUUACUCGCUGACGCCUUACGACAAUGGUUUGAAUUAGAAUCAUCGUUUGGACGCUGAGGAACAGGCCAAAAUACAGACACAAUUGUGUACAGUUAACUAUCCCCUCAAACCCCGCCCUGUUGUAUCCGUUCCCCUCCUGUUCUGAUUGUGUACAAUAGUCUUCUUUUUGGCCACUUUUUUAUUUUCCAUACACUACAGAUUAUUAUUUUUCUGUAUUAUAUAUGUGAAUAGAAUUUGUGUAUAUUGUCAAAAUAAAUUCUCUUGUGACAUUUGGAUGAAUA